CGGGUGGGGGCGGGGUGAGCGCGGAAUUUCUGGGACGCGCAUCUGACCGCGCAGUUUCGCCGCCUGAUCUGGGCGGACCGGGUCAGGGACCCGCUGGUGUGGUCUCCAUGGGUAUGUGUUUUCCCUGCCCCGGGGAGUCCGCGCCUCCCUCGCCGGACCCGGAAGAGAAAAGAGCAAAGCUUGCAGAGGCUGCGGAAAGAAGACAAAAGGAGGCUGCAUCUCGGGGAAUUCUGGAUGUUCGAUCUGUGGAAGAAAAGAGGAAGAAAAAGGAGAAAAUGGAAAAACAAAUGGCUACAUCUGGGCCUCCAGCAGAAGGCGGACUUAGGUGGACAGUUUCAUAAAGUAUAACAUGAGUGGAAGAGUCUACUGCCAAUAACUGUUCUAGUAUCUGCAAUCAAAUGGACUUCCUUAAUAUCUUCUUUUUUGAGUAAAUGAAGACUUAAACUUUGUAAUAUUAGUGCCCUUAAAUGCAGGGCUGAAUCUAUGUUGGAGAUGUCGUUAAAAACUCUUGAUUUUCAAACUUAGAGAAUGGCCAGACUGCUCAUUACAUAUUUAUCUUCCUAGAUUUGAUCUUCUUCAGGUACAGGGUGAUUUGCCAAUUUUUUAGUAGUUAAAACACAUACCGAACUAGUGAAUAAAUAUGUGCAUUGCAUGCAAAAAUUCUGUACUCAUCUCGAAUAUUAAAAUUUGCAGUUAUAUUUUUCUCCUUUAUAAAAUGACCGAGCUACUUACAGUUGUCCUGCUUAGCUUCACAUUCACUUUUAUUUCUCUAUGUGGAGACUUUUGCUUAAACUUAUGGACUUAGUGCCUUUAAACUGAUCAUCAGGGAAAAUAUUGAAAAAUCAUCUGAAGGGCUUAUGUGAAUGAACUCUGUAGACACUGUACAUUUUUGUAACUUGCCAAGUAAAGAAUAUUUGUAGGCAGGCGUUGAGAUUUCUCCUCAUUUAUUUCCUAUUUCUGUAGCUUACAAAAUUAGCAUAUCAUGUUUUCCACUAUAAUAAAGUAUUUUUGCUUGCUGAAUUUAAAAUGAUAUAUUAAUGGUACCAUCAGAGGUUGGUGAUGUACUGGUGUGUAAUGUUGGAUUCAGCUCUAUUUAAACAUGUUUGUAGUAACUGAGUUGAACUAAGACUCUAGAUGGAUUAUAGUGAUUGGUAAUUUAUUUGUCAAAUUUCCUAAGCAUUUUUAUUCUUUUGUAUUUAUUAAAGAAUGAUGAUUAGACUUAAACAGAUGUGACAUUGCCAAAGUAAGUUUGGUAUGUAGGUACUAUAUUUUUAAAAAGGUCUACUUCAAACAUAAAAAUAUUAAAAGAUAACUACGCAAUGCAUAGUUAUAAACUUUAUAGAUUUUUGUUGAUUAAGAACAUGAGUUUUAAUGGCAUUUAUUUUGUUUUUAAUAUAUAAUAAGCCGAAAUAGAAGAAUUGCUAUUAGCUUUUAUGCGUUUUAGAGGUUUUUGCCUUGGUUGGGGUGUGUGCACUCCCCAGAGAGAGAGACAGAGACAGUGAGAAGGAAA